UCCACCUCUCUCUCUUUUACCAUCCUUUACUGUAGCCCUUCCCUGCUCCGCUGAUCCCACCCUCACACACACACACCCACAAACACACUCACAAAGCCCACAAACAUGCUGCCAGUCUCACAUACUCACUCUCUCAGCUCUGCCUCCAUCUGAUUGAGUACCUUUUCAUUUUUGGGCACUCAGCAACAGUCUCUGACUAUCUCUCUCUCACACACACACACUCUCUGGACGGAAUCCUGCAGUUUGUGGCUGCAGUGCUCUGGAUAUGCCGGACUGUCUGCUCUGAGGUGGGAGAUGGGCUUGAGAGCUUGUGUUUUCCCCUCAAUCAGACCACGAAGACGAGGGGUUUGCAUGUGGAUACGGAUCCGAAGACUCUAGCAACUGUCAUAGACGGAGCUGGAAACGCGAGGAGGAAAAGGACAGUCUUGUCCCCAAGAGGACCAACACCAGCAGCGGAAAGGACAAGAAACGAACAGGCUCCAGCAGACGUUCAGCCAUGCAUGGCUCCACCCUUAUAUUCGUCCUCAUUGGGGUGCUCCUGUACUUAAUUAUGGGGGCUCUGGUGUUCAAUGCCCUGGAGGCUCCGAAUGAGGAAGCCCAUCAUGUCGGGCUGCAAGCCUCCCGUCAGAGGUUCUUGGACAGCUUCACAUGUGUAAACCCUGAGAAUCUCUCAGAGCUAAUAGAUAAGGUGGUAGAUGCUCUCGGUGUUGGAGUUGACCCCAACAGCAAUGCCACAUUCAGUACCAGUUGGGACCUGGCCAGCGCUUUCUUCUUCUGCGGCACCAUUAUAACCACGAUCGGUUAUGGAAACAUCUCUCCAAAGACACAGUGGGGUCAGUUCUUCUGUAUCUGUUAUACACUGGUGGGUAUACCCCUGUUUGGAUUUCUGUUGGGUGCCGUAGGAGACCGUCUGGGGACGUCACUGAGCAAUGCCACUGCUAAAGUUGAAGCUCUUUUAUGGAAGUGGAAGGUGAGCCCGACCAUCGUGCGUGUCAUCACCGCUGUGCUGUCCAUCCUGCUGGGUUGUGUUCUGUUCAUCUUUGUGCCAAUUUUAGUCUUCCAGAAGGUUGAAAACUGGUCUCUGCUAGAAUCCGCCUACUUUGUGGUCAUCACCCUCACAACCGUGGGCUUUGGAGACUAUGUUGCAGGUAAUAGCGGUGAUGCAGGUCAUGAUCAUUGGUACAAGCCUUUGGUGUGGUUCUGGAUUUUGUUUGGAUUGGCCUACUUUGUGUCCAUUCUUUCCAUGAUUGGGAACUGGAUCCUGGUUCUUAUCAAAAAAACUCGAGCUGAGAUGGAGGGGUUGAGAGCACAUGCCUCAGACUUCACUCAGAACAUCCAGAACAUGUCUGUGGAUUUCCCCAAAUUUGAAGAUCCUUUCAAGCGCACCAGGCGAAAGCGGCGUCACAGGCGCAACAGACAGAACGGCAGUCAGGCUAGAAACGGAGAGGAUGGCAAAGAGGAGAACGAAUCCGAAUCCAGCUCCUACUCCGGUUCAUCGGAUGAGUCGGAAAGCAGCUCCGAGUCCGAAUCGGAUGUGACACAGACAGAACACGUCCCAGAAUGCGUCCAGACCAUGCCCAAAGAUCCCAUCCUCUCUAUGCCCUUAGAUUACUUUGGGGAAAAUCUUGCAUACAUCGACGAGUCUUCAGAUGCAGUGAGUGGGAAGAUUCACCUGGACCCAUUGCUGGAUGUACCAGAAUCGAACCCAGCUUCUACAAACAGGCCCAGAAGGAGACGUCAAAGAAGAAACAUGAGAAGGGAUCAACAGAAACCCAAGACCCCCAAAACCAGUCCAAACGAACCAGAGAAUAAAGCGCCAAAUGGAGACAUUAGGCAGAAAGAUCCGCCUACGCCAAAGCUGUGAGUGUCAGGAUGUUCAUGGGGUUUGUAGCUCCUAAGAAAAUCCUCUUUGGAAUAUAGUUUUGCAACUUCGCUAGCUUUAGGAUAUGCUGUGCUCCACUGGGAAUGCACAUGACAUUAUUCUCAGAUUUUACUGGGACAAUAAAAAAGAACUCCAUGUGCCUAAAAUGAGAGGGGGUGGUGGGAGAAAUGGUCAAAUCGUGGACCCCUCAGCAUGAGUGAGAACACGUGUUGGGUAAUCAGAAAGCAGCCUGAUGUGCAGAAAGGCCAUGGUGAUCAGACACUUAGUGCCAUCUACUGGACGUUCACUGUACAUGACUGGAUCACUUGUUUAUGGAUACACUGACCAACAAUGAAUGUUUUAUUCUGUGUGCCUUUUGUUUCUUUCCUAACGUCAGUAUAAUAAAGGAAUGACACGUUGAUACUAAUGUUACUAAUCCAACUGAACUGAUGCUUACUGCUGGAGUUCAUCAAACUGUAAUCUUUUGUGUUCCUGGUAAAUAACAUCAUGUGAUGAAAGCCUGUUUCUGCUUCAAGUAAAAAAAGAGGUAAUGGCAAUUGGGUCUUCAUUUCUCAUGACUACGAUUUUACGUCUCACAGUUGUAAUUUCACUUUUAGUUUUAUCUAACAAAUUUAUAUAUAGCAAACGAUACUUCAUAUCUCACAAUAUGAAUAUUUCUCAUAAUUGCGACUUUGAAUCCUCUACAAUUGCCACGUUUUCUUGUAAUCACAACAUUAUUUCCUAUAAUUACCCUUUCCUAUCUCACAAUUGUCAUAUAUCCUAUAAUUCUGACUAAAUCCCACAGUUUCUACUUUAUUUUUUUCACUUGCAACUUAAUUUUUUCAGAGCUGCAAAAUUAUCAAAAUUAUGACUUGUUCUCAUAAUUUUUCAUGAUUGCAGCUUUAUAUCUUACAGUGGACACUUGAUUGCGACAUUAUAUACUAUUUUAAUGUAUUAUGACAAUUACAAAUGACACUUUAUAUCUCAAAAUAUGACUAUUUCUCUUAACUGUGAAUUUUAAUCUCACAGUUACUUUGUUAUAGCAACUAUAUAUCUCAUUAUUGCGAAUUAACAUCUUACAACUGUCGUUUUUUUCUUUAUUUCUCAUAAUAGCAAUAAUAUGUCUCACAAUUGCAAGUGACUUUCCAUCUCACAAAUGCAAGUCUUUUCUUCAUAAUUGCGACUUUAUUUCUCUGAGCAGAAACAGGCAUUCAU